AUGAAUUUCACGGCCGUUUUGAGGCCGCUUAUUGGAGAUUGGCUUUACUACGAGUCAUGGCUGGAAGUGUUCGUAAUGGUGCCCACGUUAAUGCUGAAUAUUUAUUUUACGAUUCGAAUAAGUCAACUGUCAACGUUUAGCGUUAAUUUUCGGAUUAUAAUUGUGAGUUUAGUUUGCUGAUUACACGGUUAGAUUAUCCAUUUCUUUAAAAUGCGUUAUCGUUUUACAGUUUUUCUUGAGUUUUAGACUGUCCAAACAAUUCUCACAUCGCUGAUCGCUCUAGUCCAUCCUUUACAGUACUUUUUACCGGAAACUUUUUAUUCCUUCAAGGACGGGAACUACUAUUCAGCAAUGGUAACGUAUGGAGUACAUGGAGCACUUCAUUUUGCCUUGUUUCUGAUCGAGAGUAAAUAUUUACUCAUCGCCAUUGAACGAUUAAUCGCGUUUAAUCAACGGACGACAUAUGAAAAAAGGAACUGUUCCGUGGCUUUCAAAAUACUGGGUGUUUAUGUAAGCCAUUAAGAAUUAUGUAUUAAUUAAAAAUAACGAUUUGAUUUAUAAAUUAGUUUUUUCUGUUUAGUUCGUAUUCUCCACAGUGUGUUUUUAUGCCAAGACGAGGUUUCUUUGGCAGAGUUACUCAGAUCUCCCGAUUGAUGCCAGAUUGCGAAAGGUUGUUAUGUUUGAUCGGGAUUACUAUGGGUAUUCGGUAAACUACGCGUUGUCCGCUUUGUCGACUGUGGCUGCCAUUUACGUAGGUCAAUAAAAAAAUUUGUCUUUUUUGCCAGUUUUAAUUAUGUAAUACAAUCGCAGAAUUGUACUCUCCAAAUUACAGGAAAACAGGAAAUCUUGUAGUUGCGUGUUAUGACGGUACCUUUAGAUUUUCUAUCACAUUCAUUGUCAACUCCUUCGCCGUUGCGCUGAGUUUUGCACACUGAGCGAGCGGUUUGAAGUCCGUCAGACGCAGAUGAUGCUGAAUUACGCAAAGAGCCUUGUGACCGCGUUUGUCAUCCUUCUUAUUACCUGUGGGGUUAGUAAUUCCGCUGUAGCUUAUUUGAAGUUCGUUGAAGGUCGCGUUGAAGACGAUCCGGAAAUCGUCUUUGUGUAUGUUGUAAGUUAAGAAACGACUUACAAGGUUGAUUUAUUUUCAAGUUCGUCUACAUUUCAUUGUGUCUGUAUAAUUUUACGGCAAUGCUUUACAUGAUUAGAUCGUUCCCACAGCUGCAGAAAGUGAUUCUGAAUGAUCUUCCUUUCCUGAAAAGGAAAGGGACAGAUUUAGUGAAACCUGAGAGAGUAGCGGACACAGAACUGCAUUUUGGCCAUUUGAGGAAGUCUUGGAAAUAA